CAGCCCAAAGGUAUAGACUCCCCAGAGAGGGCGGCUUCUUAAGGACACACUCCAAAACCCGAUAUGUGGAUCCUAACAUUACCUAUGAAAUUGAGAGUCACCACGAGUUCCUCUACGAUUCUGAUUCUAGGCAAUCCUCAAUUAGGAGUAUUAUCACGGCAGGUUGUUCUUCAAUGCUGGUACUGGCCCUGAGGACGUGGUGGUGGAUGUUUCCUAUAUCGCUUUCGAAACUCAACCCCUCCUGGUCAAGUAGCUCAAAUUUUCCAAAGGAGCAGGAAGGCGAGUCAUGAUCGAGUUAUGCGCCCGUGGUUUUUCACCCACGACACGGCAAUCUCGGGUAUGAUCAUCGAUUUACCAAAUUUUUACCCGAAAUUUCACCCAGUUGGCUCAGUCAACCACUUCUGUCAAGUGAUAUUCUUGGACUGCCAAAUCCAACACUAAAGCGAGAAAUUCGGGAGUUAGCGAUGGGCCUAGAACACCUGCACCAUAAUGAUGUGUCUCAUUCUGCCCUUAAUUCACCCUUGAGCUAUGUGUGGUCAAAUGGCAAAAUGAAAAUGAUUAAUAUUGAUGACUCAAAGUUCGACUUUUGGGAUGAGCUUCACCCAUCUGAAUCUGAGAAGCAAUGGCAAUGGCGUAAGCUACACCAUAUCAACCAGUUUGGCAUUGGACUCGAAUACCUCCUGAGAUCAGAUUUGGUUUGGCCCGAAAGGGAUUCUUUUCUGAGGUGCUUUGCUCUGAGUGUCAGCCUUGAUAGGUACUUAAAGAUGGUGUACACUCACCCCUUUUUGAUGGAACACAUGAAGAAGACAAUGCAACUGCUUGCAGAUGCACACCAUGCCUAUAUUUCUCAAGAUGGUGGUGGGCUUAGAGUCGAUAUUCAGAGGAGGAGUGGUGCGCACAAACUGGAUUAUUGUAGUAAAUUCAGUUACUAA